AUGUCUCUUGUAAAGAUUUUUUCUGUGACUUCUCGUGUGAGGGCAGCCAGUGCUUGCAAUAUCCGUCAUGCUCAAUACAGUACUCCUACUGGGGGUAAGGUUGAGACAGUGUACCCGCAAGAAGUGCCAGGAUACAAAUAUGUAAAUGCAGAAGACCCUGACAUGAGCUUUAAAGCUAUGACCGAUAGAGCUGCACAGACAAUGUUUUGGACAGAGUUGAUUAGAGGUUUUGCUGUUACUUUUGCUCAUAUUUUUAAAGAGCCUGCUACGAUUAAUUAUCCAUUUGAGAAAGGCCCUUUAUCACCAAGAUUUAGAGGGGAGCAUGCCCUAAGACGGUAUCCUUCAGGGGAGGAGAGGUGCAUUGCAUGUAAGCUAUGUGAAGCAAUCUGUCCUGCACAGGCUAUUACAAUUGAAGCAGAAGAGCGCAAAGAUGGCUCACGAAGAACAACUCGUUACGAUAUUGACAUGACAAAGUGUAUAUACUGUGGUUUUUGUCAGGAGGCAUGUCCAGUAGAUGCAAUUGUAGAAGGACCUAACUUUGAAUUUUCAACUGAAACUCAUGAAGAGCUACUUUAUAAUAAGGAAAAAUUACUAUCAAAUGGAGAUAAAUGGGAGAGUGAGAUAGCUUCUAACAUUAAAGCUGAUCAUCUCUAUCGUUAG